AUGUCUCACAGCAAACGUAAUACUUCCCGUGCGGUCUUCACCUCCCACGAGCGUGAGUUGGCGAAAUCAGCCUGGACAAGCAGUAGUGCUCGUCUAUCUCGAGACUCAUUUUUACCAUUUGCUUCAUGUCGCCUAUGUCUUCUACCUGCGCGUACUCCUGUCUCGUGUAGUCAUGGUGAUAUAUUCUGUCGCGAGUGCGCGUUGAGCAAUAUUUUGGCCCAGAAGAAGGAAAUCAAGAGGUUGGAGAAAAACAAGGAAAAGGAUGAUCAGGACAAGAAUGAAGAUCGUAUGAGAGAAGAGGAUGAGGCGAGAGAGAGGGCUGUAGCGGAAUUCGAGAAAGUACAAAUGGGACUAGAGGGGAAGACCGGAGGAAAAGGCGGCAAGAUUGUAGGAAGAGAAGGAGGAAAGAUUAUGGUAGAGCAAGAGGUAAAUGGUGAAGGUGGAAAGAGGGGAGAAAAGAGGAAGUUUGAGUUAGAUGAGGAUGAGCUUUUGAGAAUUGCACAGGAUGAGAGAUCAAAAGCGAGGAGAGCUAUUGAUGACGAAAAAGCUUCCAAAACAACUUUACCUAGUUUCUGGGUUCCAUCCGUCACACCAAGUUCGAAUACUAAUACCACUCUUCACAAUAUCGUCAAAAAGGCCAAACAAUCGCCAGUUUGCCCCGCCUCACAACAAGACAAACCACACAACUACUCACUCCAUACCUUAAUUACCGUUGCAUUCACAGAAGAAACCGACAGCGUCACAAAAAAGCCGCAAAGAAUAUGCCCUUCGUGCAAAAAGCAAUUGACCAACACUUCCAAAGCCGUACUUGCGAAACCCUGCGGUCAUGUGCUCUGCAAAUCAUGCGUUACCAAAUUCAUGACACCAAGCGGAGUUCAUGAUCCGCACGCAGAAGCGGGAACAGAUCAAAACGCUGUUGCUUGUUAUGUCUGUGAGGCAGAUCUGACAGAGCGAAAUGAUGUUAAAGAGAAGGGGAAGAAGGGAGAUAAGGAAAAGAUCAAGCCAGGACUGGUAGAGAUUAAAAGCGAGGGUACAGGAUUUGCUAGUGCGGGGGGCAAUAAAGUUGUAAAGGAGGACGUUGCUUUCCAAUGCUGA